AUGAGCCCCAACUCUCGUGCCAAUUUUGUCCAUGUCCAUCUUGAAGAAAUCCGUCUGAUUGCGAUCCAAGCCGUACAGAACAUAGGCGGUCUCAGGCCACUGAGACUCUACUCGGCAACUGUCGACGGAACCUGGACAAGUAGUAGUUUGUGCCCGGAAAGGGUCUUCUUGACUCACAUCCCUCUCCUCACUUGGCGCACUCCAGAAGACGCCACCGCUGCAAUUAUCCAAUUCCGCCUGAAUUUGGCCUUAAACAGCAGCACCAGCCACCACCAAUUCUGUUUUCUAGAAAACGAAGCCGCUGCCGGCGACAGUGAAGCACAAACAGCAGUUUAUGACCGUGAUUUAUUAGGCACAAACAGCAGCUUUUGGUCCACUUACAUUGAUUUUGCUGGAAAGGAUGUGGUGCGGUGUCCUUGUUUCUGUGUUUAUUUUUGUCUAAUAAUUCUCAUAAACUCAAUAGGAGUUUUCUAA